CAGACGCCCGAGCCGAGUUCAUCGCAGCAUGUGGCGCAAACGCUACAUCCUGGAUUUAACAUGUCCUUAGGCACUCCUUCCGCCAACCAGUGGAAAUCAAGAUGGAAGCUAGAUAUGAAAGUGUUCGAGAAACCCCUGCAGGUGCUGGACUCUAGAGGAUGUUAUAUCCAGUUUCCGACUUCGAGGUCGGUUUAUCACGAAGAGAGGUCCUCAUGAGUUCUGAUUAGGCCUGCAGGACCCAUUCACAGUCAUGCGUGCAGCAGGUCCUGCAAGAGCAUGCAAACUCUGUCAAGUCUUCAUGCUACACAGAUGAGAAUUUACGUGCCGUGCCAACCCCUACGCACGAUGCUGCACCUGUGAAUCACACACAAUCAGUUCCUGAUGUUCCACACAUGCUUUCUUCCCAGUAGGUGUUGUUAUUCACGUGGAUACAGGCAAUCUGAUAGUAGUUCUAGAUCCUAUGUUUCCCAAAGGUUCUGGUCCAAACAUCAAUCAGACUCUGAAGCUAUCGAGGAGACGAUGAGUGUCCCGGCUCUUACCAGCCUUAACGUGCAGUCUUCCGCGUCUGGGCCGUCUGGCGGUCAUGUAGACCCUAUCUUUAUCGCCAAUGAAUCAGAUGCAUCGUUCAUGUCAGAUCUAUAUAGGCCGAUAAUGACAGACGCAAUAACGGACAAAGAGAAAGGGGGAACAGACGAGGAAAAGGCAGAUUCAAGAAGGGAAGCAGAGAACAGGGAAGCAGAAAAAUUAGAGAUAGAAAGAAUGGAGAUACAAGAAAUGGAGUUGGCAACCAGGGAGGCAGAGACAAGGGAAAUCGAACGAAUAGAAAUAGAGAAACCGGAGAUAGAGAGGCAGGAGUCUACAGUGGCUAACGAGGCAGGGACAAAGAAAGAGCCACGAGUUUCUCCAGCCACGAAUACCUCAAAACUCCUUCGAAUGGAGCGCAAGCUUAACAAGAAGGAUCUCUUCAUGGGCUGGUACAAGUCCAAGGGCUCGUCAGAGCUUCGGUACCCGCGCGAGUGCAUAGCACCCAAGAUCGGCGAUGUCUAUGUCCACUCCUGCAAGAAAGAGGGAAAUCCGAAGUUUCAGCUAUGGGUGCGACAGAUCAGCCGUGGGAUGACCAUCUGGGUCAAAGCUCACAUUUUCCACAUACACCCCAAAUUAUUCGACCGCAGAUUAACGCUGGCGACGACAGGAGAACCCUACUGGUCAACGAGACUUUCGCUUUCGGCUUCGGGAAGUCGGGAGAGAGCUGGCAAGAUUGCAGACAUGAUUCUGUAUUGACUGGCCUGGUGGCUUGGUCCUGCAGACGGUACUACUUUACAUUAGUGCUGACCCAGACGAUAAUACCAUACUACAAUACUACUAACCUCAGGUAGUCUAGGGACCUUGUACGAUUACUGUUGACUUACUACGAUCUUCACUUGAUUUUCUAGGUGUAGCGAUGUGCAAAUGGUGACUUCAUAUCUAAGUUUUGAGACGUGGCACUAGC